AUGCCAAAGGCUACAAACCCCUCCCGCAACGCCGCUGCUGCCCGCCGGCACAAUCCACUGGCCGACGAUAUUCUCAAUGUCGGCCAUCUACGUACCAAGUCGAGCAAAUCCGGCAAACGGAAAUCGAGGUCUAGCGAUGACGAAGAUGGGGACCACUUUAUUGAUGCAAAGGCGUCGCGCAAGAUUUUGCAGAUCGGACAAGAGCUGGCCGAAGAGGAAGCUGCCGAACGAAGAGCCGAGCUGGGAGAAAGCGCAGAGAAGACAAACACUGCCUUCGACUUCUCAUCGCGAUUCGAGAGUGACGAACAGCUAUCGGAUGAUGAGGAUAAGUUUGCAGAUGACCAAUGGGGGGACGAAGAAGAGGUGGAAGAUGUGGAAGUUGAUCCAAACGAUCUCGACAUGUUCAACAAGUUCAUUCCCAGUGGUGACCAAGAUCCUAUAUUCAACCCACGACAGCCCGAAGAGAACGAGAACGAGAAUGGCUCUGGCACCAACCUCGCAGACCUGAUCCUGGAGAAAAUCGCAGCAUACGAAGCCAAGCAGGCUGGACAGAAUAACCCUGCCAUUAAGGGCGGCGGGCCGCCCGAAGACGCAGUAGAAAUUCCAGCCAAGGCCCUGGAGGUCGUUCACAAUUUUGAUAGAGGAUGGAUACUGAUCGCUCGCGUCAUCAGGGUUGGCUUUCUUCUGUCUCGCUACAAGUCUGGACCCCUUCCAAAACCCUUCAAGAUUCUGCCUACUCUGCCUUAUUGGGGAGCUCUCCUCGAUAUCACCCGCCCUGAGCAAUGGACCCCGAAUGCCGUCUAUGCAGGAACUCGGAUCUUCAUCUCGGCCAAGCCAGCCAUCGCGCAAGAGUUUAUCAACACCGUGCUGCUCGACCGUGUUCGUGAGGAGAUCCAUGAAAAUCGCAAGCUUAAUGUGCACACCUACAACUCGCUGAAGAAAGCUCUAUACAAGCCCGCGUGCUUCUUUAAGGGUCUUUUGUUCCCGCUGGUCUCUAGCGGGACUUGCACUCUGCGUGAAGCCCACAUCAUCUCGUCCGUCAUCGCCCGUGUCUCGAUUCCCGUCUUGCACUCCGCAGCGGCCCUGCUCCGCCUCUGCGAGAUUGUGGCGGAACAGACGUCGGCGUCGUUAUCGUCCGAAGGAACUGGCGCCGCCAACAUCUUCAUCCGCGUCUUCCUCGAGAAGAAGUACGCACUGCCAUACAAGGUUAUCGACGCCUUGGUGUUUCAUUUCCUACGUUUCCGCGGCAUCGACAAUUCUGACGAUGUGACGAUGACGGACGGCAACCGCCAGCCUUCGUCCGCUGCUGCGGCUAAGAACAUCAAACUCCCGGUUCUCUGGCAUCAGUCGCUCCUCGUCUUUGCCCAGCGCUACAAGAACGACAUCACGGAAGACCAGCGUGAGGCGCUUCUUGAUCUGCUGCUCGUGCGGGGACACAAGGACAUUGGCCCAGAGAGAAGCGUACAGACGUUAUGUGAGAUGGAUCAGAUGGACUUGACUGAUGGGGCAGAUGCUUCUCAAUUGUGGACAUGGCGUUGGUUAUAUUAUUGA